UGGACCUUUUUGUCAGACCUUUCUUCCCCGCGUCUUGCUAGCACGCCGGGUUUUCAUGAUGGCUUUUCCUUCCAUUGAGGUCAGCCCUCUUGUCGGAAUGACUGACUGAUAGAUUCAUUCGCUGGCCGGCUACCAGGUGGACGCGCGCAGCUGGAUGCUGUUACACAUUCCACCGAGCCUUGAAACAUUCCAAUUCUUGCAGUCGGGCGCAAACUUUUGCCGGGAAGCGAGACUCUCUCCCAGUGGCCGAGCACAGCCGAGGUGAUCUCCAUGCUCCUCUUCCGGGUGGCUGCUGAAGCGCGGCUGACGUCGGCGCGUCGGUGGUGCUGGUAGCGGGCCACUGGUGGUGGUGGUGGUGGAGGAGGAGGGGGUGGUGGUGGGGGGCGGGGCCACACGAAGAUGAACAAAGUGAACUUCCACAACAACAAAGCCAUGCAGGACCGUCGCUGCGUCUGUGUCUUUCUGCCCAAUGACGACACGCUCAACGUCAUCGUCAACGUGAGGACUCUGUGCCAGGAGUUGUUGGUCCAGGUGUGUGACCUCCUUAGGCUGAAAGACUGUCACCUCUUUGGACUCAGUGUUAUUCAAAAUAAUGAGCACAUUUACAUGGAACUGGAUCAGAAACUGUCCAAGUACUGCCCCAAAGAAUGGAAGAGGGAAGCCAGCAAGGGAAUCGACCAGUUUGGCCCUCCGAUGAUCGUCCACUUCAGAGCUCAGUAUUACGUGGAGAACGGCCGCUUGAUCAGUGACCGCGCCGCCAGGUACUACUACUACUGGCACCUGAGGAAACAGGUGCUGCUCUCGCAGUGCAUCCAGCGGGAGGAGGCCUACUUCCUGCUGGCUGCCUUCGCCCUGCAGGCCGACCUGGGCAACUUCAAACGGAACAAGCACUUUGGCAAAUACUUUGAACCCGAAGCCUACUUCCCCCCGUGGGUGAUAGCCAAGCGCGGCCGCGACUACAUCCUGAGACAUAUCCCCAACAUGCACAAGGACCAGUUUGCCCUCACUGCCUCCGAGGCGCACCUCAAGUACAUCAAGGAGUGCGCGCAGCUUGAUGACGUCACCGUCCAUUAUUACCGACUCUACAAGGACAAGAAGGAAGUGGAGGCUUCGCUCACUUUGGGCCUGACUUUACGUGGGAUUCAAAUAUUCCAGAACGUCGGCUCCGUCAGGCAGCUUUUGUACGACUUUCCGUGGACCAACGUGGGGAAGCUCGUCUUCGUGGGGAAGAAAUUUGAGAUCCUCCCCGACGGGCUGCCCUCGGCCCGGAAGCUCAUCUACUACACCGGGUGCCCGCUGCGUUCCCGCCACCUCCUGCAGCUGCUCAGCAACAGCCACCGACUCUACAUGAACCUGCAGCCCGUCCUCAAACAGGUCCGCCGGUUGGAGGAACACGAAGAGAAGAAACAGUAUCGCGAGUCCUACAUAAGUGACGCUCUGGACCUCGACAUGGACAACCUGGACAAGCGCUCGCGAGCCAGCGGCAGCAGCGGUGGCAGCGUGUCCCGCCACAAGCGUCUGUCCCGCCACUCCACCGCCAGCCACGGCAGUUCGCACACGUCGGGCAUCGAGGCGGAUAGCUUCCGCGCUCCCCACCCGGCCCCCCACCUGCCCCUGAGGACAUGCGGCUCGUCCACCACCAGCCACGGCAGCUCGCACACGUCGGGUGUGGAGAGCGGCGGCAAGGAGCGCAUCCUCGAUGACGACGAGAUUGAGAUGCUGGUGGACGACCCCAAAGACUACGAGGAGCUGAACGAAAUGUCUCUGGACCAGGAGCUGUGCAUCCACAUCACCGAGGACAUGUUGACCAUGCCUUCCGAUCACAACAAUGGAUUCUCCGGUCUCAUCGUCAAAGAUGUCAGCUCGUCCACAUCCAGCUCCUCUGAGACGGUCGUCAAGAUGAGAGGACAAAGCAUCGAGUCCCUCCCGCAGACGUCGACGUGCAGGAAGCCCCCGUCGUCCAGCGACCGCCACAGCCAGUCGCUGGACGACGUCCGCUUGUACCAGAAGGACUGCCUUCAGUGGGCCGAGCUGUGCCAGGACACGGCGCACAGCUACACCUUUGGAUGCGCCCAGGAGCUGAGCGAUGGCGGCGGCGGCGGAAACGGCGGGGCCUACCAGGGCCUGGCAGACCAGUGCGCCGGAAUCAAGAGAACCAGCAAGUACUUCUCUCUCGACCUCACCAGUGACGACGUGCCCGAGUUUGUGGUGUGAGGAGCUCCUUUUAUUGUUUAUAAUCAACACAGAGGAAUGCAAAAGGGAUCACAGAAUACUUAAUUGUCGCGCUAACAACCAAAGACCUGCGGAGAUGGACGCUUUGGGCGCCUCUUGACAGGAAACGGCAGCUUGCCAAACGCACCGCGCCGCCCGACGUGCCUUCAUCCAAGACGCCCAAAACAAUCGCCGCCGCCGCCAUUUGCGUCUCUCACUCUCUCCACUAUUUUAAACUUACCUGGCGCCGUUUCGAGCAGCUUGCUCUACGCCAAAGGAAGCCUGUUGGCGCCCUUUUGAGCUUGCGCAGUGUCAUUUUAAACGUACUCUCUCGCUCUGCUCGUUUCGAGCUGAUUCACUUCCGUUUUAAGCAGCAAAGUUUUAAGAUCACUCUGUUGCAUUUUAAGUUCACGCCGCACUGUUUAAGUGGACUGAGUGCCAAUUUAAGUUCACUGGGCACCAUUUUAAGUGGGGACCGACCGAUGAAUCGGCCGGCCGAUUUAAUCAGACGAUAUUAGUUCUUUUUAAAAAAAAUGGCCAAAAUAAAAUAAAGAAAUGAAAUAAUAAAA